AUGAGAGAGAUCCUUCACGUUCAAGGUGGUCAGUGUGGUAACCAGAUUGGUUCCAAGUUCUGGGAAGUUGUUUGUGAUGAGCAUGGAAUAGACCCAACUGGAAGGUAUGUUGGUUCAUCGGAUCUGCAAUUGGAGCGUGUGAAUGUGUACUACAAUGAGGCUUCCUGUGGGAGGUUUGUUCCUCGUGCAGUGCUCAUGGACUUGGAGCCUGGUACUAUGGACAGUGUUCGUACUGGUCCAUAUGGGCAGAUUUUCAGGCCUGAUAACUUUGUGUUUGGACAAUCUGGUGCUGGAAACAACUGGGCUAAGGGGCAUUACACUGAGGGUGCAGAGCUUAUUGAUUCUGUUCUUGAUGUUGUAAGGAAGGAGGCAGAGAACUGUGAUUGUCUUCAAGGUUUCCAAGUUUGCCACUCAUUGGGUGGUGGAACUGGUUCGGGAAUGGGAACCUUGCUCAUUUCAAAAAUCCGUGAGGAGUACCCUGACAGGAUGAUGUUGACAUUCUCUGUAUUUCCCUCCCCAAAGGUUUCGGAUACAGUGGUUGAGCCAUAUAAUGCCACACUUUCUGUACAUCAGCUUGUUGAGAAUGCUGAUGAGUGCAUGGUUCUGGAUAACGAGGCUUUAUAUGAUAUUUGCUUCAGGACUCUUAAAUUGACUACUCCAAGCUUUGGUGAUCUUAACCACUUGAUUUCUGCAACCAUGAGUGGUGUAACAUGUUGCCUGAGGUUCCCUGGACAGCUCAACUCUGACCUCCGAAAGCUUGCAGUGAAUCUCAUCCCCUUCCCUCGUCUCCACUUCUUCAUGGUUGGUUUUGCUCCAUUGACCUCCCGUGGAUCCCAGCAAUACCGUGCCCUUACUGUCCCAGAACUGACCCAGCAAAUGUGGGAUGCCAAGAACAUGAUGUGUGCUGCUGACCCAAGGCACGGUCGCUACCUCACUGCCUCUGCCAUGUUCCGUGGCAAGAUGAGCACCAAGGAAGUAGAUGAGCAGAUGAUCAAUGUCCAAAACAAGAACUCAUCAUACUUUGUUGAGUGGAUUCCAAACAACGUUAAAUCCAGUGUCUGUGACAUCCCACCAAAGGGACUUGCCAUGGCAUCCACCUUCAUUGGAAACUCCACCUCCAUCCAGGAAAUGUUCAGGAGAGUCAGCGAGCAAUUCACCGCUAUGUUCAGGAGAAAAGCUUUCUUGCAUUGGUACACUGGUGAAGGAAUGGACGAAAUGGAGUUCACAGAAGCUGAGAGCAACAUGAAUGAUCUUGUGUCUGAGUAUCAGCAGUACCAGGAUGCCACUGCUGAUGAGGAGGGUGAGUACGAAGAUGAGGACGACGUUCAGUAUGAAGAGCAGUAA